AGCAGCGAGAAGCAAUAACAAACAAACAUAGCAGUGGCGAGCUUACGCAAGUUGGGGUUUCCAAGCAUACAGGCAAAGUGUCUCCUAUCCGGUGGACAAACAUAUUAUUGUUUUAUAUACCACUAAAUGUGUAUGAGACAAUGUAUGUAGUCUACGAAGCAGACACAGAGUAAUCUGUCACGGAGGCGACUUAUCGUAACUGCUAUCUGUCAUAUGCUAACACUAGCCAAACGUCAGCUAGCUAACGUUAAUCCUCCCGUCUUUGUCGUUUUCUUGUGGAUUUAUAGGAUUGUCGAGAGAAAGUGGGUAGACAAACAGCUUUUUAUCGAUUUUACACGGUGACAUGUGAGAAACCAAAGUGAUACGACUGGAAUAACCUUAGAUUACAACCUUCACGGUGCCGAACUUUUCAGGAUACUAAGCUUAGCGUGACUGUAAGCAAUCAAGAAUGGUGCACCUUGGUGUGUGGCGCAUGGGAGCUCGCUCAAAUGUCCCUGUACUGGUUUUCUGCUGCAUACUGGUGGCCUCACCCACACAUGCCUAUAUCUAUGCUCAUUAUAGCAAUAUGACCUCCAUGUUGUUUGAGGACCUACCUGCCUUGUUUGGAUCUCCACUUCCUAAGGAUGGGCUGAUGGGAGUUUUGGUGGUGUCCCGUCCACUUAAUGGCUGCACAGCAAUAGAUCCUCCUCCUCCGUUGCCACCUUCUUUUGAUGCCAACACCACCAAAUCCAUUGUCCUUAUCAGACGCUAUGACUGCAAUUUUGACAUAAAGGUCUUGCAUGCACAGAGAGCUGGAUAUAGUGCUGCAAUCGUUCACAACAUGUAUUCGGACACUCUGCUCAAUAUGAACUACAGCAAUGACACAAUUGCAGAGGAGAUUGAGAUCCCUUCAGUCUUCACCAGCUACUAUGCCUCGCAAAUUCUCAGGAAUUUCAUAAUUCCAGAACAAGGAGCCUAUGUGAUCCUCAAGCCAGAGUUUGCUUUUCCACUCUCAUACUACCUUAUUCCUUUCACUGGAGUAGUUGGCAUGAUCCUCCUUGUGAUGUGCGUUAUCUUGAUUAUACGAUGUGUGCGGUACAGAAAAAGACUGAGGAAAAAUCGUUUGUCCAAGGAACAGCUGAAGCGGAUUCCAACCCACAAAUUCAGUAAAGGGGACGACUAUGAUCUGUGUGCAAUAUGUUUGGAUGAGUAUGAAGAAGGAGACAAGCUGCGAGUUUUACCUUGUUCUCAUGCCUACCACUGCAAAUGUGUAGACCCGUGGCUCACACAGACCAAGAAGACAUGUCCUGUGUGCAAACAGCGUGUCACUCGAAACAACCCGGAGCACUCCGAGUCUGAGUCUGAGGAGGAAACUGGAGGGCGUGGGGAGGAGGAAGGAACAGAGGGUGAAGCAGACUCGGAGCGCACUCCCCUGCUUCGGCCCUCCAACCCGGGCUCCCCCUUGGGGAGCCCAGGAGUCUAUUCAGCCACCACCACCACCACUACAGCCCAGUGCCUCGCCUCCCCAGCACACUACGACUCUCCCAUCCUGGGUUAUGCAGGCUGUGACUCCCCCCAGGAGGACACAGACUCAGAAAGUGAUGACACAGGAGACGAAAGGCAUCACACUGAUGAUGACACUGCUCAGCUCAUUUGUAAGGAUAGAGUGGAGAUCUAAUGGCCGGAACUUAGUUGCAAUGAGAUUACUUAGUUUUAACUAAAAAAAGA